CACAUUACUCCAAUCCAAAACUUAGGGGCUUCUUGUAUCGUGGCCAAAACCAGUGGGACCAGCUUCGUUGUCAUUGACAUUUCUAGAGCUCAACAAUAAUUUAACAUCUUCCUCUCCUUCACCUCACUCCUUCAUCAUCUUCACAACAACACAUCUUUCCUCAUAGAUAUAACUCCCAACAUAACACUCACACACACACAACAUUCUCUUUAUUUCUCUUCCUCUCAAUUUCUCACUAUCUCUCAUUUCUCAAUCCUCACCACUACUGUAUAUAUAUAAUUAUAUAAUAUAUACACACACACUCACACAUGGAAGAUGAAAACACAGAAACAGAGAUAAGCACACCUGCAUUUCUGAGGAAAACAGAGCAGGACUCUGCCAUGGUGGCUCAGAAAUCCUUGCAUGUGUUGAGGAGAAGCUGCAGGAAGCGGUGGAGAGAGGCGAAGAAGGAAGUGGCUGUGAAAGAGGUGAAGGGUGUUGAGAAAGGAGAAGAAGAUGAUCAAGAGGAGGAGGAUAGGGAAGAGGUGGAGAUGAAGAUUCAUGCAUUGCAGAGGAUUGUGCCUGGUGGGGAGGAACUUGGUGGGGACAAGCUUUUUGAUGAGACUGCUGGGUAUAUAAUGGCCUUGCAGCACCAAGUCAAAGCUUUGAGGGCUCUUACUGGCUUCUUUGAGAAGUUGGAGAAGGAGAAGACAAGGUUUGGAGGUUGAUCAUGAGGAUGGUGAUGGAUCUGCUUCAUCAAAGUGGGUAUUUAUCCAAGUCUCACAACAAGUAGUAUGAAGAGGAAGGAUUAGAGAAAGUAGAGAAAGUGAGUAAUCGUCCAAGUUCCACAUCGAGUAGUAUGAAGAAGAAAGAAUCGCUUUGGAGAUGAUCAUGAUGAUGAAUCAAUCCAUGGUGGAAGAAACACCUUAGGUUAGGUUCUUUUGGUUUUUCCCACAAACCCAUCAGUUAGAUUUUUUUAUUUUCUUUUUGAUUUUUUUGUUGUACUUUUGGUUGGGAUCAAGGAAAAAAAUUCCAAUUUUCUUA